AAUAUCAGUUAUGGAUUUAAGUGCACAAGAGGUUAUCGACGGGAUCCUCUCCAAGGAGGCUACCGAGACUCCAUCGGACUCGGUCAAACUAGAGGAACUGGACCUCGAGCUGCCUAAAUGGUUCGACGAGAAGAAAUACAACCAAGGCCGCCGCUUCUACUGGGACAACUGCUUCUCGCUGACGUCAUCGAUGCUGAUGGGGCUGCUGGCCGUGCUGGCGGUGCCCUCCAUCCUCAAGAUCCUCAUCAGCUCGCGCCGCUCCUCCUCGCAGUACACCAGCUACAAGCGAUACCUCUCCACUAUUCUACACACCAGUUCCUGGUUUGAGUGUGAACUCAAACCUGGUACGACGGCUUGGAAGUCGCUGUACACAGUCCGCAGCCGCCACCUGAAGGCCGGGCUCGCCGCCAAGCUGCAGGGCCUGGGGGCGGUCUCGCAGCGCGACAUCGCGCUCACCCAGUUCGGCUUCAUUGGAUUUUCCAUUCUCAAGCCGGACAAGUUCGGGGUGCGACAGACCGAGGAGUUCGACUGGGACGCCUACUGUCACACGUGGGCCGUCAUUGGACAUAUGAUCGGGCUGCAGGAUAGGUACAACCUCUGUCGCAGAAACGUGGAAGAGACCCGGCAAGUCUGUCAGGGGAUCCUCGACAGGGUUUACACGCCUUGCCUGGAGAACGUGCCAGAGUACUUCGAGCACAUGGCUCGAGUUCUGCUCGAGUCCAUGUGGUGCGUCAACCCUACCAUCAACGUCGAGUCGGCUUUAUACGCAGUGAGGGAAAUGGCGGACGUGCCCGGGUACAUCUAUACAGAGGCCGACAGAAUACAUCUUCAGAGGAGAAUUAGAGAGAAACUCAAGGGAAAACCGAUAGAUUCAGGCGUGGACUCUUGUGAGCUCAUCUCGGCGCCGGCCGUGGAGGGGCUGCCGACGCGCGCGCCGCGCCUGCUGCGCCUGCGCGACUACGAGACCAUCGACCACGCCCCCGAAUACAGCUCCCUCCCUUUCUGGUCCAAAUACAAUUUGAAUUUCAUCUAUCUCAUCAUGUUCUUCCACACAACCUUCCUCGGCCGCAUCUACUUCAAAUUAAACUAUCUAUAUAGCCUCUGGUUGAUGAAAUACUGCCCGUAUUUGGCGUUCUUCAAGUUCGGAAUAAGGAAUUCCUUUGUUAAUAUCUUCACGGAAGAUCCCACGGAUGAUACGAAGCCGAAGCCCAAUUCGGAGUACAACAAACCGAAGCCUCCGGAAACGUGGUCUAGAAUCAUUUUAGGCGCGUUUUGGUGAAUUUGUGGUUUUUAAAUUUGAUGCCAAUGACCAUAAAUUAAUGAGUCUUGGCUUACGCUUAAAUGAACAAUCUUUGACCUCA